CAGUUCACUUCAUAUACACAUGAGUAUAUCGAUAUUUGUGUACAUCUCUAAUUAAUGCACAAAUCAGCUGCUUAAAAUCCUUACAAAUCGAGUUUAAGAGAUGUGAAUUAAGGGCAAUGCAAAAUAUAUGGCAAUGGUGUAUAUAUAUAAAAGUAUAUAUAGAUUAUUCUGAUACAUGAUACAACAUGUAAAUCAGUGAACAAAGCGAAAAAAUGAAUAAAUACACGAGUUUAUUAGGCGCUGAACAGCGGAGCAAAACUAUGUAUCAUCCAAAGGAACAAAUUUUGAACAUCUUGACAUACAUACUUUUGCUAAUAGUCGCUGUGUGUGCUACUGUGCUGCUGUGUGAUUUAUCUAGUCAGCGGGAUGGGUUCUUCUACUCCAAAAAAGAUUCAGCCGUACUCGAUCUGUCCAUAUCCCAUACUCAGGAGGUGCUUCUGCGCCCGGACACGGAACAUCGAGGACAAAAUGUGAACUGCACGUUUUGGGACUGCUUAAACAUUUACAAAUGCGAGCAUGACACACUGAAAGUGUAUAUCUACCCAUUGCAAGAGUUUGUGGACGAGAAAACGGAUAAAGUGGCCAGCACAUUGUCAAGCGAAUAUUUUCAAAUCUUGGAAGCUGUGCAUAAGAGUCGCUAUUACACAUCAAAUCCAAAUGAAGCCUGCCUCUUCCUGCCUAGCUUGGACCUACUGAAUCAGGAUGUGUUCGACAAGCAUUUGGCUGGUCCAGCUCUGGCUUCGCUCAACUUCUGGGAUCGUGGAGAAAAUCAUUUAAUCUUUAACAUGCUGCCGGGCAGUGCACCAAACUAUAACUCGAUUUUGGACGUGAACAUCGACAAUGCCAUUGUUUUGGGUGGCGGCUUUGAUAGCUGGACGUAUCGGCCCGGAUUCGAUGUAUCGAUACCAGUUUGGAGUCCGUUAGUGCAUCAAACCAACUUGUUGCCAAUUCAUGCCGCAGCCCAUCGAAAAUAUUUAUUAGUUUCUGCUCAGCUAAAUCUUUUACCGCAGAAUCUGCGAACUCUUACGGAUCUAACGGCUAAAAAUACCGAGCAAAUCCUAAUGCUGGGACUCUGUGAUAACAAAGACUUGAAAUCUCGCUGCACCUUAGCAAAGCCAAAUCAAAAGCGAUUGGAAUACCCACGCGUGCUGGGGCGAGGCAAAUUCUGCUUUCUGGGCCGCAGUCUCCGUGUUGGCCAGCCCGAUUUAGUCGAGAUAAUGUCUCAGGGCUGCAUUCCGGUGAUAGCCAUUGACAACUAUGUGCUACCCUUUGAGGACGUCAUUGACUGGUCCCUGACAGCGGUGCGUGUGCGAGAAUCCGAGCUGCACUCAGUCAUGCGCAAAUUGGAAGCAAUUUCAAAUGUAAAAGUUGUCGAAAUGCAAAAGCAGGUGCAAUGGCUAUACAGCAACUAUUUCAAGGACCUGAAGACCAUGACAAUUACGGCGCUGGAGAUACUUGAGAGUCGGAUAUUUCCUCUGCUGGCGCGCAGCAGUCGGCAAUGGAAUGUGGUCAAUAAAAAUAGUCAUUCAACGUUCAAUCCGCUCUUCCUUACUUCUCUCGCCCCAAAGUCUCAAGGCUUUACAGCUGUCAUUUUGACCUAUGAUCGAGUCGAGAGUCUCUUCCUUUUGAUACAGAAACUAGCAGUUGUGCCAUCGCUUCAAAGCAUUUUGGUCAUUUGGAACAAUCAGAAAAAGAUGCCACCACAUUUGUCCACGUUCCCAACGAUCUCCAAACCACUGAAGAUCAUACAGACUCGUGAGAAUAAGCUCUCAAAUAGAUUUUAUCCCUAUCCUGAAAUUGAAACUGAAGCAAUACUCACAAUAGACGACGAUAUCAUUAUGUUGACCAGCGAUGAACUUGACUUUGGAUAUGAAGUGUGGCGCGAAUUUCCGGAUCAUAUUGUCGGCUUUCCCAGUCGUAUUCAUGUCUGGGAUAAUGCAACGAUGCGUUGGCACUACGAAUCGGAAUGGACUAAUCAAAUAUCAAUGGUACUUACUGGGGCGGCUUUUCAUCAUAAAUACUGGAGUCACAUGUAUACGUACGCAAUGCCAGGCGACAUUAAACAUUGGGUCGAUGACCACAUGAACUGUGAGGAUAUCGCAAUGAACUUUCUUGUUGCAAACAUAACAAACAACCCGCCUAUUAAAGUAACGCCGCGCAAGAAGUUCAAGUGUCCCGAGUGCACAAACACUGAAAUGCUGUCAGCCGACUUAAAUCAUAUGCGGGAGCGUUCGGCUUGCAUUGAUCGAUUUUCAAAGAUCUACGGACGAAUGCCUCUUCGCACAGUUGAGUUCAGGGCAGAUCCUGUUCUAUUUAGAGACAAUUUCCCAGACAAAUUGAAGCGUUACAAUGAUAUCGGAAGCUUGUAAACUUUAGAUUAUACAAAUAUCAUAUAUUAUACUUAGCAGACGAAAUUACUGAAGACUUAACCAAAUAUGAUAUAUCAAUUAGUGUAAUCUGGUAUUUUAGUAAUGAUAA